UACCUCCAAACACGCAAUAGAAGACUUAUUGUUGGUUUUUGGUGUUUGGUAUUGACUUUUUGAGUUCAACUUUGGCAACCAAAAAACUUAAUAUAAUAGUACUUUUUCCUCCUAAGAUCACCAUUUUAUUAUAUCAAAUGAAUUUUUAGAAGUUGAAGAGGUGAAAUUUAAUGGUCAUUUAAUUAAUUAGUAAAUUGGAAAAAUAAAUCUCCGCUUCCUCUACCGGAUUUGGUGUUCGGCCUCGCCUCCUGCGCCGUCGAAAUGAUGCACACCGGCGCCGCCGCCACCUGCGAUCUGGAUCGAUUCGGCGUCGUUUUCAGGUCUGGCCCUCGCCACUCGGACUGCGUAACCUUCGCUGCCAACAAGUUACGUUCUGAUGUCCGAAAUCCUGGCUGUGUUGAUCUCCGUUCAAAUUUUAACAAGUCUCCGUCUCAAGUGUCUUUGUUUUUGUGUUCUGACUCCACCAAUAGAAGAAAUAGCCUGCUUUGUGUGAACCCCUCUGGCAGGAGAAACCUAGGUGGUCGAGCUUCUUAUUCUGUGGAGACAGGUGCUUAUGAUGUAGCUGCCUUACAACCUCCUACGCAUGUUGCAGAAGAAAAAGUUGGCGUGCUACUUCUCAAUCUAGGAGGACCAGAGACAUUGAAUGACGUUCAACCUUUUCUGUUUAAUCUUUUUGCUGAUCCUGAUAUCAUUCGUCUUCCAAGAUUGUUUAGGUUUCUCCAGCGACCAUUGGCAAAAUUGAUUUCUGUGCUUCGAGCUCCUAAAUCCAAGGAAGGGUAUGCUGCUAUUGGUGGUGGCUCUCCUUUACGCAAAAUUACAGAUGACCAGGCACUUGCAAUCAAAAAGGCUUUGGAAGCAAAGGGCCUCUCUUCAAAUGUGUACGUGGGGAUGCGAUACUGGUAUCCAUUCACCGAAGAAGCAAUUCAGCAAAUUAAGAGGGACAGAAUAACAAGGCUUGUGGUACUACCACUUUAUCCCCAAUUUUCUAUAUCCACAACUGGAUCAAGCGUCCGUGUUCUUGAGCAAGUAUUCAGGGAGGAUGCCUAUUUGUCUACUCUUCCUGUUUCCAUUAUAAACUCUUGGUAUCAACGAGAAGGUUACAUCAAGUCAAUGGCUAACUUAAUUGAGAAAGAGCUCCAGAGCUUUUCUGAACCAAAAGAGGCGAUGAUAUUUUUCAGUGCCCACGGUGUACCUGUCAGUUACGUCGAGGAGGCUGGGGAUCCAUACCGAGAUCAAAUGGAGGAGUGCAUUUUCUUGAUCAUGCAAGAGUUGAAAGCUAGAGGAAUUAGUAAUGAGCACACUCUUGCUUAUCAGAGUCGAGUGGGUCCUGUACAGUGGCUGAAACCAUAUACGGACGAAGUUCUUGUUGAGCUUGGCCAGAAAGGUGUAAAGAGUCUUUUAGCUGUUCCAGUGAGCUUUGUGAGUGAGCAUAUUGAGACCCUUGAAGAAAUUGACAUGGAGUACAAGGAACUGGCUCUUGAAUCUGGCAUCAAGAAUUGGGCACGUGUACCUGCCCUUGGUCUUACCCCUUCCUUCAUUACAGAUUUGGCUGAUGCAGUAAUAGAAGCUCUCCCAUCAGCAAAAGCAAUGUAUCCACGGAUCAGCACUUCUGAAGAUGCUGAUCACGACCCUGUCAAAUAUUUCAUCAAGUUAUUCUUUGGUUCAUUCUUGGCAUUCAUCUUGUUCUUGUCACCCAAAAUGAUCAUGGCAUUCAGGAAUCAUGUUAUUUAGAAGGAAUAAAUUCUGCUAGCUGAAUUAGAUACGCAAAGCAUAUAGAGAUGAAUCUGUUGGUAGCAAACAUGGUAUACUUGGAUUUUUUCUUUUUGGCUUUAGUUUCUCUCAUUCCAACCUCUUCUGUAUACACAACACAGCUAUAGAAGAAGCGAAUUUUCUCAUAAGGGAAACUUGCACAUCGGCUUAAAGAAUAUUCGAAGAAUAAUUGACACAGGUAUCUGUUUUAGAGCAAAGAAGCAUUCACUCGAUCUCGGAUAUUAGACCCCCAACAAGUUAUUGAUUUUUGUAUAUUGUUUAAACCUUGUCUACAUUUUAAAUUUUGGCACAAACUGUUUGAUCAACUACUUUGUAUUCAGUUUAAUGUUAGAUUUAUGUCUCUGCUUAUCCAGAUACCGAGAUUAAUGUCAUGCUAUUUUUAUGCUGC